GUGGUCAGCAUACACAGCUGCAGAGAGAGAAGCAGCAGCACAUACCACACCAUAAACAAUCUCAAGGCUGCAAGUUCAUUACCCUCCUCAGCACUCUAGAAGGAGAAACAUCUUCUGCUAACUACUGUAUGCUGAUGUUUCCUGUCUGCCUGUGUGUGGGGGAGGUUCUAGCGGGGAUGUGAACAUUCACUCACUGGUCUCCAACACUCCUCAGUCCUCACAUGAGAUGCAGCCUGCUCGUUAUUCUGCUCCUAGGAAAUAAUAUCCAGGGCGAUCAGGAGGUGCACGGACCCCGAGGCCUCCCAAGGAAGUUGCCGUUUUUGAAGUUAAGAAAAGAAGAUAUCAAUCCUCAAGUAAUUACUAUUUUCCUGCAAAUCUAGAACUUGUUUCUACGAACGAAUUUGGGAGUAAAGCUGAAGUCGCUAUAGGAAACACCUAUUAAGUUACAUGAUCUAUCUAUGUACAUAGAACACCUUUUUUCUUUUUUUCUGCCCUUUUGAAUAUUUUCUUUUAUGGUGUCUUACAAUAUACAAUCCAUUUCAUACAUGUACUAAAUUACUUUCUUAGUGUUCCUUUUAUAUUUUGACUAGGGUUGUCUGGUGGUAAUAGUAUGGAAUGUUCAGUCAUCUGCUUCAAUAUUCUGCACAAUUUUCCCAUCUACCUUAAUUAUAAUUUUCUUCAAAUGUAUUUCUGACAUAGAGUCUGGUGUAAGCUGCUACUCAGACAUAACCUCAAGUUUAAGAUCCUUAAUCUACAUAUCCAGCACUCCACUUCAUCAUAUUUGUGGACGAUGAUCAGCUUUGAAAACAACUUUACAUCAUAGAAGACAAUACACUGUUGUCUUCUUCAGCUGGACAAACAAGGGGCUGGAGUUAUUACAAUGCACUGUAUUCACUGGUUCUGCCGACUAAACUCCCACAGAAGGACAGUAUGGAUCCCACCUCUGUUAUGUGGGCUCGCCUUCUUGGUUUAUUACAUAUAUUUCUGCCCUGAUUACUCAAAUCCAGUGGAGCUUGUUGAGGUAUCUGCAAAUAAUGUGCCCAUGUGUGGACAGUAUAAGACAGUGACACAAAGGACACCAUGGUUUCAGAAACAUUUCAAUGGAUCUGUUGAACCUCUCCUAAUGAGGAAAAAUCAGUUGAUAGAGGACCAUGUUCUACAAUGGUGGCUGAAACUCCAAAUGGGGAACAAUGCAAGUGACAUACCUUUGAUACUAGAGCAGUUGUUCAAAGUUGUACCAACUGGGAACCCAUAUGAAGAGCUAUAUAAGAGGCCGUGCCGGCGCUGUGCAGUGGUGGGGAACUCUGGCAACCUCAAAGGAUUGCGACAUGGGGAAAACAUCGAUUCCCAUAAUUUCAUUUUCAGAAUGAAUGGGGCUCGCACCUCUGGAUUUGAAGCUGAUGUAGGCUCCAGAACAACUCACCAUUUUAUGUACCCAGAAAGUGCUGUGCACCUCCCACAUGGUGUCCACUUGGUCUUAAUCCCUUUUAAACUCAAAGAUCUCAAAUGGAUUACGAGUGCUUUUUCAACUGGAGAGAUUAAACGCACAUACAGACCGGUGAAGCAGUAUAUCCAAGCUGAUAAAGACAAGGUCCUAAUAUAUAAUCCAGCUUUUUUCAAAUAUAUUCAUGAUAACUGGACCGAUCAUCAUGGGAAAUAUCCAUCUACUGGAAUGCUGGCACUCAUGUUUGCAUUGCAUAUAUGCGAUGAGAUAUCUGUGUUUGGUUUUGGUGCAGACAGAAAGGGAAACUGGCACCACUAUUGGGAAAACAACAGAUUUGCAGGAGCUUUCCGAAGGACCGGUGUACACAAUGCAGACUUUGAGUCUAAACUCCUAGAAUCAUUAGCCAAUGAAGGAAUACUGACCUUCUACAAAUAAUGAAUGUGUCUAACCAUGAACAGGGAUAUCAUGAUUUUGUACUUUGAUAAUUAAAUUUUUUUUAUUUUUGACCAUAA